AAGUGUUAGUUAGUUACUUUCAAGAAAUUGCUUUCGUUGUCUUGAUUUUGAAUGUGGCCCAUCGGCAGGGGUGUGCUUUCUCUUCUUCGUCUGGCAUUAUACGGAUGUAUGUAGAACCGAAGCAUGGUUCUUGCCCGCCAAAUAUACAGUACGCAGUCGCCUUUUGACGACCGGCCGCAUAGACUUGGACGUUGCUGUUUGAUAUUUGGAGUGGAGGACCCUUCUUGAAUACGCCAGUGAGCAAGACAAGCGGAUAACCAGCACUCUGGGACAUGGCAUCGUACAGCUCCUCCACGCUGGCUGCUGCUCUCUUAGCCUGCGUACUAGGACUGUUGAGCUCGCCUCUGGACCUAUGCCAGGCGCAGCCCACUGUGACCCAUUGUGUCAGCCCAGCAGCGGCGGCAGGCCUCAUGGAUUCGUGCAAAACCAACCGAUCGUCUGGUGCUGAUAAAACACUGGCUGGCGUCUUCGGACAAACGCCAAGCAUCCUGCCUGAAGAUGCCAAGUCUCUGAGCUUUAGUGGGUUCACGCCAGGAUCACUGCCUGCCAAUGUCUUUUAUCCCUUUAGUAAACUCACCAAACUGGACAUUCUAAAUUGUACCGAUGGUGACCUAUCUCUCUAUGACUACGUUUUCAAUCGUAACAAUCUGCUUUCAGAAAUUAACAUAGUAAGCUGUUCCCUUCCCUCCCUGACAGGACAAAUCUUUACCGGAUGUGUGCAACUUCGCAAGAUAUCUUUCAUAUCAACAUCCACCCACACUCUGCCUCCAGAGUUGUUUCAUGAUGCCACCGGGCUAACCGACUUUGUAAUGUCAGGAUCACUAAUGGCAACUCUACCUAUCGGACUGUUUGACGCCUGUCCUCAGCUAGCUCGCAUCACUCUGACCGGGAAUAGUAGGCUGAUGGAUCUUCCACAAGGCUUGCUCAGCACACAUCCUCGCCCCUCGUCUGUACUUGUAACAACGGACGAGACACUUAUUGGACCAGUGCCGUUUGUUGCUUACUCUCUGCGAGCUUGCUCUCGCUCUACGUGCACUUUCGGCGCUGGUGCAUGCUAUUUCAAGUCGUACACCGCCACCAAGAAUCCACCAGUACAAUGCUGCAGUAAUGUGAACUGCCCAUCAUGUGGCCCUGUACACAUGCCCGGUGGAUAUAUGGUGUACAAUCGAGCAAGUCUCAACGUCUCGCUCUUCCAAUGCCGCGCUGACUAUUACUCGGUCGGCGAUGCAAAGGCCACCUGCAUGAACUCAAAGUGGCAGCAUUCCAGCAUGUCAUGUGUUCUUCAGCGUACAAGUUGCAGCAGCUGCCACACAAGGGCAUCGUGUGUUCAUCAUAAUGCAUCACACAGUACAUGUCAGUGUGUCUGGCCGUGGCACGGCGAUGGAAUUAAAUGCACAGAGUUCAAACAGGAGUGUGCACAGCAAUCUGGGGAUGGCAAUGCGCUAUCGUGCGAUCUCAGUCAAAUCCACUUCUUACCGUACAGCCUGCCCGUUGGACUGCCAUACGUCGCAAACUCGCGUGUGCUCCAUGCCGCCAUUAAUCAAUUGACUUUCAAGAAGUACAGAGCGGGACUUUUGAACGUCGCUACUUUUUCUACUUACGGCAAUCUGACGACCCUCACAAUUCAGGACUGUCUGGUCGGUGCAAGCGGUCUUUCAUUUCCCAGCAAGGCACUCCGCUACAACACUGAACUGCGUUCUUUUCACCUCUCAAACUGUGUAGUGACAACAUUGCCGGUGGAUCUGUUCCACUUUUCACCAAACUUAUCCUCCUUUACUCUGAACAAGACGUCCACCGUGGAGCUGCCUGACAAGCUCUUCGCCCACACCAGCCUUCUUUCUCAUUUACGGAUCCAGAGCACACUUAUUCACACCUUGCCUGCAGAGCUGCUCUACAGCAACACGGAGCUGCAAACGAUGUAUAUUGCGGACAACCCCAUCAGCCAGCCAAUCGUCGCCACUCUGUUCAGCUACACCAAGAAGCUAUCAAACUUCUCCCUGAUUGGGUCGCGCCUUAACAGCAUCCCGACCGGUUUGUUUGACGGCGCACAGAACCUCCGAUAUGUCACACUAUUGAAUAACGCUCUUGGCAUGGAGCUACCCGAAGGCUUCUUGUCAUCGCAACCCAACGUGUCGAGAGUGGUUCUGAAAAUCGAUGACACCUUGAAGAGCUUUGUCCCCGGUGUUCAGUACUCCGCGCUCAGCUGUGCUCAGACCGAUUGCAAACGCAACGCUGGUAGCUGCUAUGUGACGAAGUUAGCACACCUGACGAAGAUGGGAUGUUGUCAAAAUGUGCAAUGCCCAUUGUGCAAGCCCUUGUCCAUACUGGGUGGCUAUAUGCAACUGCACACAUCACAGCCUGUGGCUGAAGUUCGUUGUCGCUCCGGAUACGAGCUAAACGGAAGUGCCAACGCUAUGUGCGUCGGCUCAACGUGGACGAACAAGCACGGCUCGUGUCGAGAAAUUGACGAAUGCUCUGAUGUGGCCCUGCAUAACUGUUCGGAGAAUGCCUAUUGUGUGAACGGCAUUGGGUCCUACCAGUGUCAUUGUCAGGUUGGAUACGACCGGAACUACACGGACUGCCUUUGGCGACCCGUGUCCAAAGUCCCUGUAGGAGGCGGCACUGCUUCAUUCAUUGGCUUUGGAAUGGCAAUACUACUCUUUGUUGUUCUGGCGUAUGCCAUCAUGGGAUAUGUGAAAGGCUCCAACGAAGCAUACGCUCGCUCUUUGUACAGCGCAUCCUAUCAUGAGGAGAAACGAGCGAGCGUUAAGAACUUCGCAAGGCGUAUCGGCAGUUUCCGCCAUAGCAACACGACCAAAACUACCAGCGGAGACUCAUACUUUCAACGCAACAAUCAUGCUACGCUGCGUAACAGAAUGAGCUGGUUCGACACCAACUCCGUCUACACGAACAAUGAUACGGGCGAGCAUCGCCACGCCAAGCAGAACUACAGCCUUGCAGCAGCUAACAGUCCAGUGUGCAACGAAUCAACGCCCGUCUUUCCGCCCGCUCCCGGUGAACCAGGCGGCGGCGAUAAGCUCACUACUGCUGCUGCUGCUCCGAAAGAAGAAAAGGCUCCGGUCUCUACGGUGACUACGGUGCCUAUGGUGCAUACAGCGGCUUCGGCUCCAGUGUCGGUGCACAUGACUCCGUUGGCAAUGGCUACCGAAGAAUCCCCUCAGUACCACCGCGCUGCGCCCUCUCUCGGCCACAUGAGGACUAGGAGUCGAUCGCAGAUGAGUCUUCUGGACGCGGAGAAAGCCAACGAGGCGCUGAAAAGCUUCACCGACUUCAGCACUAUGGGCGACCAUGACGCGAAGGACGCGCUCGAUAUAUUCUCCAGUUUCGACCACCACUUUUACAGUGGAAAAGCCGAGGAGAAGAAAAAGAAAGAAAUCCCGUCCUCCUCGUCCGCACCGGUGCUGGCUCUGUUGAAAUCGAGGAUGGGCACAAACAAAUCACGCUCCAAAGCAAAACGCAAGAACGAGUUGUCGUCCAUUAUAAGCAGCCCUGAUUUGGUGUACACCACAUCGAAGCAGCUACAUAAUGCGUCGCCGUUGUCUUCUGCGGAGAAAGAUUCAUGCGCUCUGGUCGCCCCUGAAGAAGGGCAUAUGGAUGUGCCAAGCCGCCCUGCCAAGAACAUAGCCCGGGUGUCGCCACUAGCUGUAUCGCCACAGCCUUGCACAUCUCUCGCAAGUCAGCCUGAACAGAAGGAUCAAGGGCAGCAGCCGCAACAUGACUAUGGAUAUCAGCAGCAGCAGUCGCAGAACGCACAGCAGCAGAAACAACAGCAAUGGUUGCAGCAACAGCGCGUGACACAAGACCAGAGUCUCUCUCAAAAGCGUGACUCUCUACCCCAGCAUCAAUUUACUCCACGCCGAAGGUCAUCGGCACAGGGACUAGCAAACGACGCCUUCCGAGAAGAUUCCGGAGAAAUUCACGACAACUUUGGUGGUGCUGAGCUGAAUCAGCGUGCGCGUUCCUCCAUUGACCUAACAGCCUUGCAGAAAGCACCCCCUUCGACGAAGAGGGCACAGUCACCCAGCGCCUCCAGCCUGCCGCGGACACCCAAGAGUGAGCGGUUACGUCACCGCACCACGUCCGAUGCCAGCUCAAUGAUGAGUCGGAGGCGGCAACGCACCACGUCCGACGCCAGCCCCAUGAUGAGUCGCCGCUCCAAGGCAGCCGCGUCCUCGGGCCACAGUCGGCAAGUGUCCAUGUGCGUACAGUGCUUUCUGGACGUAACCAUGCGACUAGCCGUUGCCAGGAGCGACGCAACGUGCGAGCACUACCGCGAGCAGCAAUUCUGGAAUAUCUCCGAAGCCGAUAUUCUCAACGGCAUCAACUCCGCUACGAAGGAUAAGUUCUUCCACAAACGCACAAAAUCCUGGUCGAAAACCGACCGAAACCGAUCUCUCGCGAACAAAAAUAAAGGAAGUGCCGGCGAACAAGAACAACAACAACAACAACAACCACCACCCCAACAGCGAGUGGGCAGCAGCGCACACAGCAUGGAUGGACGGCGCAAACAGCGCAAGACUAGCAUGGACAGUGCGGGGAGCUCGGCCAGCAACUCUACAACUGCCACCACUGCCUCUGCAACCACUGGACAAAGCGCUGACGACUUACGGCGACAAAUGUUUUCCAGUAAAACAGCACUUUGCUAAGUUUGCCGCUGCGGCAUAACUUUACUACCACUGGCACAAGACUCAUCACUAUUAUAGAAAGGACUGCUUAGUUAGGACCUGCGCCCAUUACUAUCCAGGACUGUUUAGUACCCCUAGCUCAUCACUUCCCGGACCAUAUUAACUGUUUAGUCCUGGGUAUUUUUUCACAUAUUGUAGACGAAUAGGAGAGGUAACCAUGCAUACGGUAGCCAUGCAUACGGUAGCCAUGCAUACUGCUGGUGCAUACGGUAUCCAUGCAUACGAUCAUGAUACUGGUGACCACCACCACAGAAAUAGCGGAGGCUAAGCCGUUUUCUUUGCCACAGCUCUAGAUGCCGGACGCGGCACGCAACUUUGCUGACGACUUCAGCCACGUGCUGUUUGUCA